UACUAUACGCUUCAUCAGACACCUUCUCAUUCUCGUUCAGCCACAACCUCUCCAUUGCGUCUUCUCCGCUUCGUCUUCUCCACUUCGUCACAGGGUCGUUCAACCGGCUUCACCGCAGCUUCAUUACAGGUCAUAUUUCGUCUUCAAUCAAUUACCUUCUCUCCAACUCAGUUGGUAAGCAGGUAGAAACAUAAAUGGCGAUUGAUGGGAGUUUUGGUGUUGAAUAUGAGCUGCAAAGGUUUCUUCUUCGGUGUCCCAAGCUUGCGGCUGCUCCCCAAUUAGAUAACUUAGUCGAGAAGGGGAAAAUUUUGACAGAGAAAGAGUUGAUUGAUGGAGUAGCUGAGUUACUUUUACAUCCUCGAUAUACAAUUCCAUUAUUGGGAUGCUUUCGUCCAAUAGCACGAAAGGUUGUCGACCGGGUUGUUGCUUUACUACAUUUGGUGCCCGAUUUGACAUCAAAUUCCAAUGAUUCGAUGAUUGAGUUCGAUGAUGGAAGAUUAUUUAAGGAUAAUGAAAGUUCAGAUUAUGAACAAGAUAUUUCUGUUAUUAAUUUAUAUGUCAAAUAUGGGAGAGGUCUGGGACUUCACGAGCUUUCCUGUUUGGCAUUUUCACGAACACUUGAUAUGCUACCUUAUCUUACUGGGUCUGUAAAGGAUUACUUUAAGUUUGCACCUCCUCCAUUUAAAAGGAUGAUGGAAAAGGAAUCAAUGGCCCAAUCAUUAUCAUUAGUGCAGCCAGGAACACAUCUAUUAGAUGCUGUGCGAGUAUCAUAUCGUCUCCUUUUAGCAGAGCCUGAAGUUUUUGCUAAGCUAUGGGAUUGGUCAUGUUAUAUGGACCUUAUACAUGAGAUCACUAGUCUUAACAAUGGAGAAAAUACAGAGAUUUUGAUGGACAUAAGAUGGUGUGCAGUGCAAACAUUAACAAUGGUUUUGAACAUGAGUGACAAGUUUAUUAGAAAAAGUAAAACGAGUGACUUGGCAACUUCAGAUUUUGGGUUCGAUGAUGAAAAAGCAUAUGGGUGUUUAUUAAGGUGGAAGGAAUUUCUUCAGGACGUGUCAUUAGAGAAGGCUGGUUGGUAUCUUGAACCAUUUGGGGAAAACACAAGUGUAGGGCAACCAAAUUGGAGCAAUAUGGAGGCAAAAUGGGAUACACUUAAAACUGGAAGUCCUUUUGUUUUAACAUCUGCUGUGAAGAAAAGUUUUGAGAUGGUAUUGUUGGCAGUGAGUCAGAGGUGGCCUGUUCUUCUUUAUGGUCCAGCUGGCGCAGGCAAAACUGCUCUCAUUAGCAGGUUAGCCCAGGGGCAUGGGAGUCAAGUUCUUUCUAUUCACAUGGAUGAGCAAAUUGAUGGAAAAACACUAAUCGGGACUUAUGUAUGUGCUGAACAACCUGGUGAAUUUAGGUGGCAGCCUGGUUCCCUUACUCAGGCUAUCAUUAAUGGACUUUGGGUUGUUUUCGAGGACAUUGAUAAAGCUCCUGCAGAUGUACAAUCCAUCUUGUUACCUUUGCUAGAGGGUGCUACUUCAUUCUUAACAGGCCAUGGGGAGGCAAUAAGGGUUAGUGAAAGCUUUAGGCUUUUUUCUACAGUAUCGAGCUCAAGAUUAGAUGCAUCAUCUAUGACAACAGGUAGGAACUCCCUUGGUGCACUAUGGAGGAGAGUAAUGAUUGGUUCAUCAAGUAGUAGUGACCUAGAAAGUAUUUUGAAAGCCUGGUACCCAGAUUUGGAAUCUCUUUGUGGAAAACUUAUAGAAACCUUUGAAAAGGUUAAUCAUCUCACAGGCUUUCAACUAGGAACUUGUGUUACUCUCUCAUCUGCUGGCAGGUUUUCACUGAGGGAUCUUUUGAAGUGGUGCAAGAUAAUUGCUGGUUUGGGUUUUCAUUUUAUGGGUGAAAGGCUGUCUGGUCAUGUGGCCAAGUGUAUCUAUCAAGAGGCUGUUGAUGUUUUUGCAACUUCUUCAAGCUCAGUGGAAGCACGAAUGAGAAUUAUGAGAGAGUUGGCAGAGAUUUGGGGAAUACCAAUUUCAGAUGCUGAGACUUUGUUUCCUGUUGAUAAGCCUGAUAUUCAGGACUUGCGGUCUGAUAUACGCAUUGGCAGAGUAACUCUUCAACUCACACGUAUACCUUCAUCUUCUGUGAACAAAUCAUUCGUUGAGAUUCGUACUUCAAUGCAUAUCCUUGAAAGAAUAGCUGGAUCUGUUAAGUAUAAUGAGCCUGUUCUUUUGGUUGGUGAAACUGGUACUGGAAAGACAACUUUAGUACAGAAUCUGGCUGCAAGACUUGGUCAAAAACUUACAGUUUUGAAUUUGAGCCAGCAAAGUGAUGUUGCAGAUCUGUUGGGAGGAUUUAAACCUAUGAAUGCACAGUUUCUAUGCCUUCCGCUUUAUCAGGAGUUUGAAAAUCUCUUUAGAAGUACCUUCUCUUCAAAGGACAAGGAGAAUUUUCUUGCCAUAUUAAGAAAAUCAGUCAGUGGCAAGAAUUGGAACGUGUUAUUUAGUGGUUUACAAAAGGGUGUUCGUACAGUGGUCAAAAUUGGAAAGCAGAAGCCUGGUGUAAAAAGGAAAAGACCUUUAGGGGAAAAACUAAUAAAAUCAUGGGAAAAAUUCUCUUUAAAACUCGAAGCAGCUCAUGGUCAGAUUAAUGCUUCAGAUGGGAUGGUUUUUUCAUUUGUAGAGGGAGUUUUUAUCACAGCUUUGAAAAAUGGUGACUGGAUAUUACUAGAUGAGAUCAAUUUAGCCCCUCCAGAGACUCUUCAGAGAGUAAUUGGUGUUCUUGAAGAUGAAGGUGGGUCCCUUUGUUUAGCUGAAAGAGGUGAUGUUGAUUAUAUAUCCAGACACCCGAAUUUCCGUAUAUUUGCUUGUAUGAAUCCUGCAACUGAUGCUGGUAAAAGAGAUCUUCCAUUGUUUUUAAGAAACCGGUUUACAGAGUAUUUUAUGGAUGAUGUGUUGGAAGAUGAGGAUUUGAAACUGUUCAUCAAUCGGUUCAUGGAAGCAGCAGACAAUUCAGUCAAAGAUAUCACAACCAAAAUCUUGAAAUUUUAUAAAAUAGCAAAAAAGGAAUCUGAAGAGAGGCUACAAGAUGGGGCGAAUCAAAAACCUCAAUACAGUUUAAGGUCUGUUUAUCGUGCAAUGGAAUAUACAAAGAAGGCAAGGCGAGCUUUUGGGUUUUUAAAAGCUAUUUAUGAUGGUUUUUCAAUGUUCUUUCUUACAAUGUUAGAUCCUCCAAGUGCCAACUUAAUGAAGAAGUUAAUUACAGGAUACCUUUUAGAUGGAAAAGACCCCACACAUGUGUCAUUCGACAGGUACAUUGUGGUUGGGAAAAACACCAAAAAUGAUGAGUUUUUAGAGAAUUAUGUUUUGACAAAAAGUGUGAGAGAUCAACUUAGCAACUUGGCUUGUGCUAUUUUCAUAGGAAGGUAUCCGGUUCUUUUACAGGGGCCCACAUCUAGUGGAAAAACUAGCCUUGUUCAGUAUCUUGCUGCGAUCACUGGGCAUGAAUUUGUUCGAAUUAACAACCAUGAACACACUGAUUUACAGGAGUAUUUGGGAUCUUAUAUAACUGAUGCAAGUGGGAGACUUGUUUUCCAAGAAGGGGUGCUGGUUAAAGCAGUUAGAAAUGGUCAUUGGAUAGUUCUUGAUGAACUUAAUCUUGCCCCUUCUGAUGUUCUAGAAGCAUUAAAUCGAUUGCUUGAUGAUAAUCGUGAACUUUAUGUUCCUGAAUUAUGUGAAACUAUUCACGCACAUCCAGAUUUUAUGCUUUUUGCUACUCAAAAUCCACCCACUUUUUAUGGUGGACGCAAGAUGCUUUCUAGAGCUUUCCGGAAUCGGUUUGUUGAAAUCCAUGUUGAUGAAAUCCCUCAAGAUGAAUUGAGUACAAUUUUGGAAAACCGUUGCAAAAUUCCAGGUAGUUAUGCGAAGAAGAUGAUUGAAGUCAUGAUAGAUUUGCAAAAACAUAGACAAAGCAGUAAAGUUUUUGCGGGAAAACACGGGUAUAUUACCCCGCGUGAUUUGUUUCGGUGGGCUGAUCGGUUUAGGAUGUUUGGAAAGUCCUAUGAAGAUUUAGGGCGCGACGGUUAUUAUCUGUUUGUAAAUCUGUUUAAUGUUCUUGAUAGAAUCAACUCUCUAGUUGAACAAUCCGGAUCGAUAACUGUUAAUGAAUGUGGUACCAUAGAAGGAAAACCAAUGGUUCUUCAUCCUCACCCUCAAUUUCGGAUGUUCCUCACUGUAAACCCUACAUAUGGUGAAGUAUCAAGAGCAAUGCGAAAUAGAGGUGUUGAAAUUUACAUGAUGCAGCCUUAUGGUGAGAAUGAACUCAUAGAUGUGAAGAGAUUUCUAGCCCUUUCAGACAUACCUGGUGAACAUUUAGUCAAUGCAAUGGCUAAAGCACAUCUUUCUGCUAAAAGAGACGGGUUGAAACAUAAUGUUAGCAUUUCAAACCUUGAGCUUAUGCGUUGGGUACAGUUAUUUCAACGACUUGUUACAAAUGGAAAUCAGGCCACGUGGAGUUUGAAAAUUAGCUUUGAGCAUACGUAUCUUUCCUCUUUAGGUGAAAUUGAAGGAAAAGAUAUUAUCAAUGAAGCAAUCAGUUGUUACUUGUCAACACAAGAACUUCACAAUUGUAGUUCUCUAUGCUUACCUGGCGGAUGGCCCACAACCUUGAAUGUACGUGAUUUUGUAUGGUACUCAAGAGAAACAUCUGUAAAACAAAAUUGUAUGUAUCUGGAAUAUCUUGCUGCUCAAAUGGCCUCACAUUCAUUUCGGGCUUCUUUUGGUCGAAUGGAUAAUGUUCUAUGCCCUAGUGAUUCAAUGAGGGCAUACUUGGUGGAUUUAGAGACAUUGCAUGCUAUGACAUUUCCGAAAGCUGAUGUGGCAGGGUUGGACAAAGUUAACCAAACAGAAUUAGAUUUUGCAUUCAUGAACAAAAGGCUUUUGUUUGCAGCAAACUGGACCAUGGAACAGGCUACUGAAAGUGACCUUAAGUUGUAUCUAGGUGAUCAUUUAAACAGGCAUUGUUCAUUCUUUUCUUCUUUCCGGAAACUUCUGGAAAAAGAAUUGGACCAUUCUAUUUGGAACUGCAUUAGAACAUCUCAUGGAGCACAAUAUUCAUCGCCAAUGCUUUCACUGGAUUUUGGAAAAUCAACUCCAUCAGAAUCAGAGUCUAACAGCCGAAAUCUUUCUAAUGCAGUGAAGUGUGUUGGGUUGUUGAGGGUUAGUUAUCAACAGUGGCAUAAUGAGAGUGAGUUUAAGUAUAGUGAACAAACUCGGUGUUUCAUUCCUGUCUUACAAUCUUUAAAAAGGCUUGAAGAAAGAAUCCUUGAUAUGCUUGUUGAGUCUCCUUUCUUUGAUGUACUUUUUGUACUUUAUAAAGAGCUCAUUAAUGAUCACUUAUCUGCUUGGAAUGGGUUAGUUUCGUGUCAGUAUGAUUGCAUGUUAAUCUCAUGGAGGUCUUUGGUGAAAGAUGCUAAAAAGUUGAAGGAGUUUUGUGCAAACGAAGUGGAAAAUUUUCAGAAUGAAAUGAAGAAUUUGGAAAGAGUUCUUUCAUGGUCUUUGAGUUCACAGAGGUCAUUGCUGUGGGCAUAUGGUGGUCAUCCGUAUUCACCUUCUUCUGUUGAGAUAUAUAGAAAGCAACAGCAGCUUGUCAAUCUUUGUCAUUCAAUUUGGACAAAAAACAUCAACUUGCAGGAAUUAGCCCAUAAAGGCUAUAUUGAGGCUGCUGUUGCUACCAAUCCUGAACUACGCUUUCUUGCCAUGCAAGGUGUUUGCAUGUCUGCAUUUAUCAUGAGCAAAGUAGAUGAAGAUGACCAUGAUGUUUUAAAUCAGUUGGAGGAGAUGUAUCAGGUGCUUUCGAGUAAGUUCCAUUACGAAAAGGACAAGAUGGAAAGAAAUGCUGGGACUAAUGACAAAGCAUCUCUUUUUGGUGCUCUAUCUAGUUGUUGCACUAUGAACCCUGACAUGUUAUGCCUACCUUCUGGCUUCAACUGUUGGCUUGAUACUCUGCCUUUAAAUGAUAACAAUAGUUUUGGUCUUGAUAUGAGGCUUCUUCAAGAGCUUUCCAAUAUCAUCACUCUUGAUGGGAAGGAUCUGGAAUCUGGUUUGUCUCGUUUACGUUGGCUUCUAGAAUCCACCUUGAAGUUUUCACUAAACUCUUCUUCAAGGCCUCCAACCGAUUUCUCUCCUUAUCAAAAAAUCUCAUGGGUUCUUGAAGCUUGGACCUCUGUCAAUAAUGCACAUGCAAGCAUUUCUAGUACUGUUCUUGAAAUGUGGUUUAAUUGGCACACAUCGUUGUGGAAGCAUCACUCAAAUCGUGAGAAGAAAAAUUCGAGCCAACAUGGCAAUGCAGAUCUGGUACCUGAUAUGCUUUUUCAGCCUGUGGCAACACUGGCUCUAGACAAGAUUCUGGGGAAUCCAAUUGGCAUCAAGGAUCUUAAUGCACAUAGCUUGAAACUUGGAGUGGCUUCUCGUAAUCUUUGGCUAAGUUCUCCACAUGUUGCUGAUUCCCAUAGUUUCUUUUUGUCAUCUGCUAGAUCUCUCUUUCAGCAGAUAAUACUUGCCCACGAGAGGUCCUUUGAAGCUGAUAAAUAUUCCUUGAUCAAAUCUAUAUUCUUUUCAGCUCAGCAAGCGGAUGUGCGUGUGAUUAUAUCUCUUCUAGCAUCAUCAACCCACCAUGUUUUGAAGUCCUUAAUAAGACCAUUUAUCGAGCCGUUGCUUCAUGCGCUAUAUGUUAAGAACUCUGCAGAUUCCUUGUUUGAUCUUGGUUGUGCUUGGCUACAUAUUGGGGGUUUACGUUAUCAUCUUCUACUAUGCUGUGAUGAUGUGGAUCCAGCUGUCAAGAAAAAUCUGAAAUAUUUUCAACUGACAGAGAGGAUUGCAUCACUUGAACUUGAUAUCGAAGUGCGUAAGGAGUGUGUACAGCUGGCAGGAUGUUUCUCUCUGAGCGAGGCUGACAAGGAAAAAACAGAAUUACUAAACGAUCUUAAAGCUGAAAGAAACAGACUCCAAAAACAGGUUGUGUUUCGAUCUGAUCCUAGGAAAUUUAAGAAGCUGAGAUCCGAAUGUGAUGAAUUUAUGAAAUUGGUUGCAACACCAUUUGAUCUUUUAAAGAACAUUGGGAAUUUGAGUAUGCAAGGGGUUGCUGACCAAGUGCAUAAUUGGCAGGAAACUGCAACACGUUUUGUGGAUCGAUUAUCCAAUGAAUACUCGGAGUAUGUUGAUAUUGUUCAACCUGUUCAGAUUGCAAUAUAUGAGAUGAAAUUAGGCUUGUCAUUGGUUCUUUCAAACAGCCUACGUGAUCAGUUUUUGGACAGAGUUGGGCAGAAAGAUAUUGAUGUUGUUUUGGGGGCAAUUUAUUCGUUUAUGAGGUUCCCUAGGGGCAUAUCGGGAAAAGAUGAUUCUUGUGUAGACGACAGUUUCCAUGUCAAACUUUCAUCCUUUGAUAAAGCCUUCCCUACUUACAUUGGGGAAGCUGACGUGGCCAUGGUGGAAACCUUGGUUACUUCUGCUAAAGACAAUAAUAGUGAUGAAGUGGUCUGUUAAUGUCUUUUAUUGUGCAUCUUACACUUACAAUAUAUAUAUAUAUAUAUAUAUAUA